UCCCGAUGAAUCGUUGAAUUGAACUUCGUUGGUCAACUACCCAACACCACAUUCGAUUAUUGUUUACAUUUCAAGCAUGGAAAAACUUUGGAACGAUUUUGAAUUAAAGAAACCACCAUUUCUAACACUCCCAUCGACAAAAACGUCUUUUGUGGUUCAACUCCAUGCUUUAAUAGAAACCUUUUUUAGCAAACAUACUACACAUGAGGAGGCAUUCAACGAAACAGCCGCUCUCUUGGGGAGGCUGAUGGCACGGCGUAAAAAUUCCUUUAAUAAAAUGAAAGGAUUCAAAGAUAUGUGUAAAAUAAAUACCGCACUAUGCCGUCUCUUAAGAUUGGAUUUUAAAAGAGAUUUAGAAGGUUUUAGAAGUGCAUUACCUGAUGUGGCCUAUGAGGAAGGCACCUUGGCGCACUUACCCACGAGAGAUACUUUCGAUUUUUUGCUUGCACGUCUCGUUGCCGUCUGCGAACUCCACAAACGUAUUGUUGAGUGUUGUGUUCAAGCUGCAGAAUAUUUCACAAGUCAAUUGAAAAUUCAUUUCUUCUUCGAAACGUGUACUCUUUUGUUGGCUGUAAUAGCCAAAAUUCACGCUUUAAGUAUAAAACGAGGAAAUCUGGCCAUACAUUUAUAUAAUAAUUUACAACAAUAUCGAGAGAAAUUACCUUUUAAUGACAAGUCAAAGUUCCUUGAGAUGUCUACUGCACUGCCAUUGAAAAUGGAAACAAUGAAAAAAAGGCCACUCACAGUGGAGAAAACUGAAGAAAAAGUUAAUGGCAAAGAUGUAGAUGAAUCGACAGUCAAGCAGAUCUUGGAAAAUGAACUACAAAAUACACUAAUAACUCCGGUUAAAGCAAAAAAACUGAAAAAGGCUGACCUGGGGAAAAUUGUCGAACGUUCAGAACUUAAAGAUAAUAGAACAAAAUUUAGUAUAGAAGACUUACAGAACGUCGAAGAAGUUCAAAAAUUUAUUACCUUGGAAACCAAAGAGAGAUCAUUAAAUAUGAAAUCAUGCGUAACUAGGAAUGUGCUUAGUCAUGAAUGGAGUGGUGCAACAAAGCUAUUUGAUCGCAAAGUAAAAUCUGGCGAAGAAAAGAAGGCAAUAAAUAUUUUCAAGAAAUUUAUAAGUUCCAAAAUAUGAUCUUCAAAGUCAAUACUUGCCUCAGACAAAACCCAUAAUUUUUUUUCUUUAAAUUGCAAUUAAUGCCCUUCUGAAAAUGAAAUUAAAUAAAAAUUCACGUCAUUAAUUUGUUCAAAUAUGAACGAAGAAAGGGGAGUAUUUCUAAUCAAA